ACGCGAUUUAUCGGCCUUUCUCUCAGAAAUCCCCAAAAUUUCCAUCCCAAAUUGCUUUUCUUUCAUCUCCUUGCAUUCUUUCUACACUUGAUUAUGCUCUUCUCUUUCCACACCCCAAAGCCAAACUUUUCCCAACUCUAACCCUAAUCCUAAUUAAUCAUUCUCCCCUUCUCCUUCAAUCCUCCACCAUCGAGCUCCGAUUCCAGCUCUGCAACCGCACGCGGAGUUGUUCGUGAUUCUCUCAUUCGGGAGUUUCGAUCGCAGAGGCUCGUCCAAAUCCAAGUUCGCAGUUUCGCCUCCUUCACGUUCUUCCCGAGUUGGGUCGGUUGUUAAAGCGCGACCGUCGGAAAUUGUUGCUGUUCUUCCUGCUAUCGAUUCGACGAUUGCAUCGCUCAGCUCCUAACUGUCGCUGUGCCGGUGCUACUGUGGUUUCUGUUUCCAUAGAGGGCUUCGACGGAGAUUCUUCUCUUGGAUCGUAUAUUCUGAAUGCGUAACGGAAUUUUGUGAAGAAGUUCAAGAUUCCGCGUUGAUUUUUGCUGGCAGAAGAGAAUUCUGAAAGAACAAAUAUACGAUGGCGGUGUAUUAUAAAUUUAAGAGUACAAGAGAUUAUAAUUCAAUUCCCAUGGACGGUCCUUUCAUCUCUGUUGGAACAUUGAAAGAAAAAAUAUUUGAAUCCAAGCAUUUAGGCAGGGGUACUGAUUUUGAUCUCGUGGUAACCAACGCCCAGACCAAUGAAGAAUAUCUUGAUGAAGCAAUGCUGAUUCCUAAAAAUACCUCCGUGUUAAUUCGUCGGGUUCCUGGUCUGCCACGUUUACCAAUUAUUAUUGAACUAGAGCAAAAAAAGGUGGAAAAUACGGCUAUGGAAGCUGAACCUGAAAACAGCAGCUUAACAGCUGAAGAUGCAUCUGCUGUAAAAUAUCCAGAAGAUUCAGAAUGGGAUGAAUUUGGAAAUGAUUUGUAUGCGAUUCCUGAUGUACCACCCAUUCAAUCAAGCAACUUAAUUCCUGAAGCUCCUCCAACCAACAAAGCUGAUGAAGAAAGUAAGAUAAAGGCUUUGAUUGAUACUCCUGCCUUGGAUUGGCAACGUCAAGGAUCGGACUUUGGUGCUGGUAGAGGUUUUGGAAGAGGUAUGGGUGGACGGAUGGCGGGUGGUCGUGGUUUUGGGCUGGAGCGGAAAACACCUCCUCAAGGCUAUGUAUGUCACAGGUGCAAGGUUCCUGGCCAUUUUAUUCAGCACUGCCCUACAAACGGUGAUCCAAAUUAUGACAUCAAGAGAGUUAAACAACCUACUGGUAUUCCGAGAUCCAUGCUGAUGGUGAACCCACAAGGUUCCUAUGCUCUACCAAAUGGUUCAGUAGCUGUAUUGAAGCCAAAUGAGGCUGCUUUUGAGAAAGAAAUAGAAGGUUUACCUUCCGCCACACGUUCUGUUGGGGAUCUACCACCUGAGCUCCACUGCCCCUUGUGCAAUGAUGUGAUGAAAGAUGCUGUGCUGACAAGCAAGUGCUGUUUUAAAAGCUUUUGUGACAAAUGUAUUAGGGACUAUGUUAUCUCCAAGUCCAUGUGCAAAUGUGGUGCAACAAAUAUUCUUGCAGAUGAUCUUUUACCAAAUAAGACCCUAAGAGAUACUAUUAAUCGUAUAUUGGAGUCAGGCAAUAGCAGUGCUGAAAACGCUGGGAGCACCUUUCAAGUUCAAGAUAUGGAGUCUGCUCGUUGUCCACAACUGAAGCUUCCAUCUCCAACCUCAUCGGCUACAUCUAAGGGAGAACCAAAGGUUUCACUUGUUCAUGAAGGAAUGACGAAUGUACUGGAAACUGUUGAUGAUAGAAAAACAGUUUCUGCUCCAGCUCCAUUGCAAACAUCAGAGCAAGUGAAGCCCAGAAUGCCUGAUGUAAGUGAAGCUACACAUGAGUCGAUGAGUGUAAAGGAACCAGCCUCACAAGGGAGUGCUCAGUUGGUUGAGGAGGAAGUCCAGCAAAAAAUGGUUCCUGCUGAGGCAGGAAAGAAGAAAAAAAGGAAGAAAGUCCAUUUGCCUGCAAAUGAUUUUCAGUGGAAAACCCCACACGACCUUGGGGAUGAGAGCUACAUGAUGCCAAUGGGCCCAGCACCUGGUUACAAUUCAUACUGGAACGGCAUGCAACCUUGUAUGGAAGGAUUUAUGGGACCAUAUGGUGUCCCGAUGCAAAUGAUGGGUUAUGGCCUGGGCCCCUUGGACAUGCCAUUUGCAGGUGGUCUGCCUCGUGAUCCAUUUGGCAUGCAGGGUUACAUGAUGCCUGUUGUUCCACCUCAUAGGGAUCUUGCUGCUGAGUAUGGCAUGGGGAUGAAUGUUCCACCUCCAGUUAUGAGUAGAGAGGAGUUUGAAGCUCGGAAAGCUGAUCGUUGCAGAAAGCGUGAAAAUGAGAAACGGAUUGAUAGGGAUUUCUUCAAAGAUCGAGAUUUUGGUAGGGAAGCGAGCAGUAUUGGGGAUGUUCCUAUGAAAUCAAAAACUGGUCUAGAAGUUGUAACAAGGGUAACAAGGAUGAGUGUGUCACCACGUGAGUUGGAGCCUCCACGUGCUACCAAGAGAAAAGCUGACUACCAUGUGGAUUGGAAUCGGGAAUGUGAACGUGACCAUGAUCAUGAUCGUGACCAGAGGGACCACCGUGAUCGAGAAAGAGGCCAUCACCACCAUCGCCACCACCGGUCAGAGUCCUCUUCCCGGAUGUCAUCUGAACCACCAAAACCUCCUCAAUUGCACCAUCAUCUGCAGCUGCAGACCGCAAAUAGAAGGCCAGUGUUUUCUCCCGCGUAAGCUUCCCCGCUGAGGAAGAAAUGACCAAGGAGGAUUUGAGCUCCCAAGGUUAUGGCACGCUUGCAAUAUGAAGAGAUAUUAUAGUUAGAAGUGAACCUCGCUCCCUGAUGUACUCUUUUUCCUGACUUCAUGGUUUUUUCCCAAAAAAGGUUUUCCUGAAGGGGGUUUUAACGAGGCAUCACAGCGAGGGCUAAGGGGCAGAAAUUUCAAUCCCUUAGUAGCAAGAGCACCCUUGUAUAGUCACAUUGCAUUAGUAAUAA